CAAUUUCGUGUCAAAAGAGGGCUAUCUAAACAAUUUUUUUUAAACAAAAACAUUGGCACAUCGGUUUUUCUUCGCAUGUACGGCGACAAGUAGUGUAUUGGCGAUGUGACAUUGCGAGCGGUAAAACAAUGGGAUUUCUCUUGCAAAUGUUGCAGAAGGCGGCCUUGCAAACUCCGACCCGCGAGUAAGCCUAUCAGCCCUGGAGGGGCCCAAACGUGCAUGAAAACGGUUCAAAUGGUAUUCAAAAGGGACGAACGGCUACCGGCAGCCGUUCCGAUUCAUUAAACUCUUUACACCGGGUUGAAGUCAGCCGGUGAAGCCUUCCUUGUCACCGUCCCAAGAACAUUCACUUGAAGGAAGCAGAGUGUAUAUUUAACAAUCGACAUCCACGUCUGCCCAGCUCGAUCGGGUGAAGAAACAAACUGUGCAUCCCAAAUCCACCAUUGACACCUAUUGCUUUCCAUCCAAUCCACCCACCGUCCCACAAUGAGCCUCGUAACCAGCACCGUAACCUCGAUCACCGUGUCCCACACCAUCGUCUACCUCAACACCCUCCUAACCCGCUCCGACCUCGCCUGGCGACACCGCUCCUUCCUCAUCGCCAUGUGCCUCACGCACCUAAUCCAACGCGUGACGAUGAUGUUCUACAUGGACAAUAGCAUCUCGCGCAACUGCACGACGCUGAUUGUUUUCGGCAACCUGCUUGGGGUGAUCGCGUACCGGUACACGCUGCUGCAUCUGCUGGGCGCGCUGUACCGCUCGAUGCGGCAGAACGAUGUGUACUCGAAAGCCGCGUCGGCAAUAUCGGUGGCACUUUGGGUCGCGAGCUCGAUCGCAUUUAUGGAGCAUAUGCUGACGGCGCCCAUUACGGAUGCAAGUUUCUGCGCGCAGGAGUUGACGCCGUGGAAAACGACGGUGAAUAAUUCGUUGUUCCUGAUGUCGUUCGCGGUCAUUUCCAUCCCUAUCAUCAUGCAUCUUGGACGACAUUUGCGCAACGUACGGUCGACACUCACCAAGACUACCCAAAUGUCCCCCGUGGAUCGGAUCUACUACACCCAACUCUAUUUCCUCGCCGGGUUCAUCCCCGUGUUUUUGUUAUUGCUGAUCGUGCAGUGGUUCAUGCAUGAGUGGGCUUGGCUAUUGUUGGAUUUCAUCAUGUCGGACUACUGCUGGUUGCAUGGCAUCGCGCUGUUUACGUUUAAGCGAGCGCCUGAGGAGAGCGAGAAGAAGAGCCAAGUGCAGCACACGGGAUCGAAGAGGGCGAAUAACAGCACGAUGCAAAAGAGCACUAAGCUUGUGGAGAUUGCGAAGGAUACUUCAAUGGCUUGAGUGGAGGGAUCGGAGGCUUCUGAAGGAGGGGAUACCCUCCCGCAUAGUAGUAUAAGCAAUAUCACCCCACAUAUCUUGUGUGCCCAUCGAGUUCUUUUGUACUACUGGAAGCCAAAGUUGAUGCAUAACAUACAAUCCGCACGUUUACCAAUUGUUUCGUGCGUGAAUCGUUGUCGGAUACCUGGAC